AUAAACACAACAGCUAACGUUAGCUAACGCCACUACUAUUAGUACUAUUACCGUUAACUGUAGCUAGACAGUUUAGUAAAAGAUGAUAAUUUGGAAACUACCAAUCAAUGGAAAAUACAUUAUCUCUUAAUUUCACAGUAACAACUACAACUGACUGUUGUAGCUAGUCAUUUUUAUUGUAUGUGUUUUGUCUUGUAUUUGUCUGUCUUUUGCUAUGUUUAGUAUUGUGCUGUGGACCGUUUUUGUGUCCUGAAUAAAGAAUAAAGUAAAGUAAGUAAAGUCACAUAUACAACGCUGAAUAUGAGCGGUACGUAAUCUCGACCACAGAGGCAAUGCUGUGUGAUGAUUAAUGUUAUGUUAUCAUAGCUAGCUAGAUAUAGCACGGACAUUUUUGGGGGGUUUCGUUUUUUUUUCUUGGAUGUAACGUUAUUAUAAAAUACCAUAGACUAUAAACAGUUAUGUAAGAUACACAUAUGAGUAUUAUAGCUACGUUUUUUGUUAAACCGUCGACGAGGCGGAUAUCCUUGCGCGGAUAGCGGAAACUACCUCUACUACCAACGGUCAGCGAACAGCUGUGAACAGCUGUGAACAGUGGCAAUACGAUUCUUUUCAGCGGCUCUUUUUGGUACGAUAGCAAGAGCACCGAGUCGUAACACUACGUGGUGAGAGUCGUUCUUUUUAUCGUUCUGCCCAAAUUUCACUGCCUGCCCUAUAUUCGCUCUCCUUUGCUAAACGUAGACAGAAAGAAAUGAGAACAAGAGGUAACCAUGUGUUUGGGGGGGGGGGAAUGGGCCAAACUCGAAAACGCAGCGGCAUUUGGAUGCACUUCAGCAAUAAAGGCAACGAUAAAGCGGAGUGUAAUAUUUGCAGAUCAAACUUAUCACAUAAAUCCGGGUCAACAAACAAUCUUCACCGCCACUUAAAAUCACAUCAUCCAUGGGCGCAAGUGGCCGUGGAUGUGAGACGACGACGAAGUUAUGAUAAUGAUGACCAAGACAACCCUGCAUCAGUGGAGGUGGCUCUGGAGGACUCUGACACCUAUACCACGGUGAAUGAUGCUGAUAUUAAUUCUGCCAGUAAUGGCAUCCUGGAGGCUGCACAAGGAAGUCUAGCAGAACAAAUAACACAUGAAGAGGCGAGUGAUGACCGCUCUGUGAAAUGUAGGCAGAAAAAACGCAGCUUGGUUUGGAGGCACUACGAAUACCUGGACAGUUUGGCUGCUGCUCGUUGCCGCAUUUGCAUGAAGAAGUUACAGUGCCAUAAAGGCAGCAGCACCAGCAACCUGCAUCGGCACUUGUCAAAGAGACACCCAGGGGUCUUUUCUCAGCUGGUAGCAGUCAAGCAGCACCCACCACCACCCCACUCAUCACAGGGCUCAAAUGCUAACGGUGACACAUCGACACCACCAGAAACUGUUGGGGCCCCAGAGAAGCAGAGACAGUUUUCAGUGGAGGUUGCUCUGGAGGACUCUGACACCUAUACCACGGUGAAUGAUGCUGAUAUUAAUUCUGCCAUUAAUGGCAUCCUGGAAGCUGCACAAGGAAGUCUAGCAGGACAAACAACAAAUGAAGAGGCGAGUGAUGACCGCUCUGUGAAACGUAGACGGAAUAAACACAGCUUGGUUUGGAGGCACUACGAAUACCUGGACAGUUUGGCUGCUGCUCGUUGCCGCAUUUGCAUGAAGAAGUUACAGUGCCAUAAAGGCAGCAGCACCGGCAACCUGCAUCGCCACUUGUCAAAGAGACACCCAGGGGUCUUUUCUCAGCUGGUAGCAGUCAAGCAGCACCCACCACCACCCCACUCAUCACAGGGCUCAAAUGCUAACGUGGAGGUGGCUCUGGAGGACUCUGACACCUAUACCACGGUGAAUGGUGCUGAUAAUAGUUCUGCCAGUAAUGGCAUCCUGGAGGCUGCACAAGGAAGUCUAGCAGAACAAACAACACAUGAAGAGGCGAGUGAUGACCGCUCUGUGAAAUGUAGGCAGAAAAAACGCAGCUUGGUUUGGAGGCACUACGAAUACCUGGACAGUUUGGCUGCUGCUCGUUGCCGCAUUUGCAUGAAGAAGUUACAGUGCUUUAAAGGCAGCAGCACCAGCAACCUGCAUCGGCACUUGUCAAAGAGACACCCAGGGGUCUUUUCUCAGCUGGUAGCAGUCAAGCAGCACCCACCACCACCCCACUCAUCACAGGGCUCAAAUGAUAACGGUGACACAUCGACACCACCAGAAACUGUUGGGGCCCCAGAGAAGCAGAGACAGUUUUCGGGCAAAGUGAAAGUUUCAAGAGCUUCUGAAGGAGAAAAGCGUGUGUUAAGGAGAGAGCAGGAGCUGAUAGAAGCUCUGAGGAGAGUGCAGAAGGAGGAAGCUCGGGCUCUGGAGCAUCAGAGGGAGCUGCUCGAGAAUCUGCGUGCAGUGAAUGCCAGGGAGGCAGCUGCAGAGAGGCAGCAGAUUGAGUCACUGAGGAAAGCACAGCUAGAGGAAGCCAAAGACUUGAGUAGACAGAGAGAAGAGGUCCAGAAGGAAAAGACAGAGCUGCAGAAGAAAUGGGAAGAGCUUCAGCAGGAAAGAGAAGAACGUGACUUGUUGUUGUCCAGAGAACAUCAAGCCUCCUGAUCAUAUCCUGACAUCACUGAUUUCAAAUUUUCUAUGAAUGCUUUGGGACAAAUUCAAAGACAUGAUGAUGUCUCCCCUUUUAGUAAAAUAUAUUUUGCAGUAGUUUUCUGUCACAGCUGUGUUGCACUGCUUCUUUCUUCCUCUUCUGCCCACUCUGAUCCUGUCUCGUUGUGUGAUGUCCUGAUAUUACUCCGGUAUCAAAUGAAUAGAAAUGUGAUCUAGGACAAACCUCUCCCUCCACACCUCACCCUGUACUCAUGGCUGCAACAAGCAAUUUUCAAAUGAAUAUAGUAGUCAGAGACUGGCCAUAAAAAUGUAUGUGUUGCUGCUCACUCAAGUCUGCAGGAUAGGAUCAGUUGCAAAAAAUCUACAUUUUGCCAAUGAAAUUGGAAUGUUGUCAGUAAAAAUCUGACACAUCAGAGAUUUUCUUUUACUGUGCGGUCUAGAGAUGAUCAGUCAAACAAAUUGAAUAGUUUCAUGCUUUUUCUUUCCUUUUUUAUACCAAAUUACACCACGGCUUUAACGUGUGAUCCUGUUAUGAAACUUAAGUCUCUUGUUGAAAUUUGUGGUGGUAAGAGGAUGUGUGCUGAAUUAGGCCAUUUUUGAGAGCAUCAUAUUUUCCUUCAUUGACCUUUUUGUUGAAACAGGAUGUUUAGGCAAGACAAUGUUGGGAAGGAUUUAGAGAGGCAGUUUUGAUUUUGGUUAAAAUGUUUUUAUACUCCCACUGGAGUAUCAUCUUCCCUACAGGAACACUGCAGGUAAUGGCAUUAAAAUUUGAUCUGUAAGAGAAUAUUUUGAAGAUAAUUAUAUUGUACAAUCUUCUUUACUGAAUCAAUACAUAACUAACUUUUCAGGAAUCAGGGUUAAUUUAUGGCAGAGCCGAAGGACACAUUUUCUUUUGAAGUUGGAAAAUGCUUACAAGGUGGUAGUGAGGUCAGAUGCAUUGUGGGUAACUGAGAUAUUGUUAAUGGCAAUACAAAUUGUAAUGUAAUGUUUUAUGCAUUGAGCACCAAAAAUGAAAUUCUAUUAAUCUCCAGUGUAUUGGUAUUGUAAGUUUCUGAGGUAGAUGCAACAGUUACAACCAAAAAAAAAGUGUCAAAGUGGGCAACAGACUCACUCAAGAACAGUAAACUUAUUCUGUCCUUAAAUCUAAUUUUAAUAAAUGUUAUUAUUUAUAUUUA